AUAAUAAUAAUAAUAAUAAUACAGAAGCUGCACAGGAUUGUCGCGCUCGUUGUGAGGAGAUUUCAGUGACACGAGGCCGCCAUGUCUCGUCAUUAUCAGGGGGAUGUGAGUGAGGGAGACGCCGGGGAUGUGAGGAAAGACAAACUGCAGCAGGACGAGCGGAUGGACAGUGGCCUGGACUCCCUGAAGGAGGAAGAAUACUCGGCUAUAAUCAGCGACAUCAACAACCUCAGACUCCACGUCUCCCCCGACCCCCAGAGCUGCGACCCCGAACCCUGGAAGACUGAGGUGAACGAAGACGGAGACUCGCUUCUCCAUUUGGCCAUUAUCCAUGAAGAGAAAGCCCUGGUCAAGGAGGUUAUUCGCCGUUCAUACAGAGACCAUUGCUACCUGAACAAGCACAAUCAUCUGCACCAGACAGCGCUACAUCUUGCUGUAAUCACCGAGCAACACGAUAUCAGCCUGUUGCUUCUCCAGGCUGGUUGUGAUGCUGAAAUCCAAGACUUCCGCGGUAAUACCGCCUUGCACAUUGCCUGCAAACAGGGCUCGCUGCGGGGAGUUGCUGUCCUCGUCCAACAUUGUGACAAACAGCUGCCGGCACUACUGAAAUCUGUAAACUACGAUGGUCACACAUGCCUCCACCUCGCAUCGAUCAAUGGCUUUCUUGCCCUUGUGGAAAUUUUGAUUACUAAGGGGGCUGAUAUAAACGCACAGGAGCCUUGCAAUGGCCGCACUGCUCUGCACAUGGCUGUGGACUUGCAGAACUACGAUCUGAUGUCACUUCUUCUUAAGUUCGGAGCUGAUGUUAACAGGGUCACCUACCAAGGUUAUUCUCCGUGUCAGCUCACAUGGGGAAGGAAUAACCUGCGGAUUCAACAACAGCUCGUGGCGGUGACACAAAAUAAUUUGCAGCACCUUCCAGAGAGUGAAGAGGAAGACGGUUCUGACUCCGAAUAUGAAUACAGCGAUGACGAGCUUAUGUAUGAUGACUGCGUAAUUGGGGGAGUGCCGCUGCAUUAGACUGCUGUGUAUGGGAACUAAAAACAAACUGCAAGGACAGACUCUCAUUACUGGAGGACAGUACCGGGCCAGUGAUUUCAAAAAAGGAAUUCUCUGAAAAGCUGAGGAAUGAAGGUGCUUGUGCUGUUCCUCGGUGACGGAUAUGAGAAGUUUCCCGUGUUGCUGCUGCUGCCUUGAGACCACAGCCUGGGAGCCUUGGGGCUUUAUUUCUGAGCAGCUGGAGAGGACUCAAAUAUUUUAUAAUUCUCUUGUGAGGCAGAGCGACCAGUUCCACGAGACUGACAGUGACCUGAUUUAUUAUAGUCAGAGACUCUUCUAAUAAACUACACGUUGUAUAUGGUGUAAAUAAUGUACAGAGAUUUUAUAUGAAAAGUUUAUAUUUUAUAAAAAAAAAAAAA